CCCACCAGCUAUGGAAAGAAAUUUGAUCAUCUUUAGGAAGAAUUUCGGCAGUCCUUGUUGUAUUUUAGAGUGUGUUUAAUCAAUGAAAAGAUCUCCAAACCACAUUCUGCAACCUUUUGUCACUCUGUAUACAAUUCUAACAUAUUCAUUUUGUAUUUGAUUUUUAUAGAUUAAGAGAGGUGAGUCAAACUCAAGAAUUGCCCAGCUGUGUAUCCAAACAGAAAAAUGCAUUUCUCCUUUUUUUUUUUUUUUAAACAAUUUAAUGAGCUUACAAAGUACCACAUUUCCAAAUUCCAACUCACUUAACUCUUUCUACACUUCUGCCAAAAGAAAAACCUCUUCCUACACUCACCAUUGCCACUAAACCACCACAAAAAUGGCCACUUCCACCGCUCAACCACCACCACUGUAUCUACCAUUCGUAGACAUGACAACUCUAACGCAAUCAGAACUCCAUGCUCUUUCCCUCUUCUCCUCCUCCUCAUUAAACCCCAACAACAUCAACAUUAUCACUCCACCAAUCACCAUCGACCGUACACUAUUCAACGAAAGCGCCGGUUCCCGCCGCCAAACUUACUCUCGCCCUUCCUCCCACCAUCACCGCCACCGCCUCGCCGGCCUCCUCCCUAAAACAACCACCCAAAACCCUAAUUUCCCUUCCGAAAACCCCGACACCGAUCGCAUCGAAAAUCAUGCCAUCAUUAAAUUCCUCAAACAAUUGCUCUCCUCGCAUCCUGAAUUCAAUCAAUUAGAUUUGAUUGAUUUCGAUAGCUUCACUCAUUUAAACGAUGCCAUAAAUUUUAAUAACAAUAAUAUCAAUAAUGUUCAAGUAAAGAAGAGAAAAAGAGGAAGGAAGGCCAAGUUGAAAGUGAUAAGUGUCGUGGAGGAGAGAGAGAGGGAGAUAGUGAAUAAAAACGGAGUUGUAAUAGAUUUAGUUAAGUUAGCGAGUUUAGAGGAUCCGUAUAGAGAGGAAUUGAAGAGAAGAACUGAAGGGAUGGUUAAAGAAGAAGAGUUGUUAGGGUUUUUUAGGGAUUUAGGUGGGCAAUGGUGUAGUAGGAGAAGGAAAAGAAAGAUUGUUGAUGCUUCUGAGUUUGGUGACUUUUUGCCUUUUGGUUGGAAGUUGCUGCUUGGACUUAAGAGGAAAGAAGGGAAAGCUUGGGUUUAUUGUCGCAGAUAUAUAAGCCCUAGCGGACAGCAAUUUAUAUCCUGUAAAGAAGUUUCUGCAUAUUUGCAAUCGUGCCUUAAGCCUUAUGAUCACUCAAAUGGGAAUAAUCGACAAGUCCACAGAGUAGCUUCUGAAAAUCACGCAGGAACUUCUGGGAGGGAGGAAGAUCAGAGGCAACCUAGUGAGCAUGAGAAGGCAGUUUCCUUGCUGGGAAUUGAUAAUUUGGAGUUGGCUGAGGUUCAAAUACAAGACCUUUUUGAAUGCCACAAAUGCAACAUGACAUUUGAUGAAAAGGACACUUAUUUGCAGCACCUUUUAUCAUUUCACCAGAGGACCACCAGGAGAUAUAGAUUGGGUUCUUCUGUUGGUGAUGGUGUAAUAGUUAAAGAUGGAAAAUAUGAAUGCCAGUUCUGCCAUAAGGUAUUUCAUGAAAGGCGUAGGUAUAAUGGUCAUGUAGGGAUACAUGUGAGGAAUUAUGUGAGGGGAAUUGAAGAAUCGCCUAGUACCAGAAUGGCUUUGCAAAAGAGAAGUGAAUCUCCAACCAAAGAUGAAUUGCCUGCUAGAAUCUCCAAAAUGGAUGCUUUGAUUGAAAUUGCUCAGAAUUCCAUACGAGAAACGUCUUCUGAUCGAAAUGGUGAACCCAGUGGUGGAUUUAGUUCUGAUAAACCAAAUAUGGUUCCUAAUCAAGAACUUCUAGCUUCAGUUUCUGAUCAUGAGCUGAAUUCUGAUUCUACUCUCAGCGAACCAGACAAAGAAUAUGACAUGAUUGAUGAAUCUCAGGAAUUGGGGCUACAUCAGCAGAAAACUGAUGAUAUGAUUAUUGAUGAAAGGAUAGAGAAGAUUGAUGGUGCUGGUGAUGUUCUGAAUGUAAUGGUCGAUUCAUCUGCUGAAGAGCAACAUGGUAAUACAUCUGAAGCUUUUGGGGGAACAGAUUGUCCGUUAGUUCACACUGAUGAAAUAGUCAAGUCCGUCAUUGAGCAGGAAAGUGGUUUUGAACUCCAAUCCCAUGAUCGUCUCCAAUCCCUUGCUCCAUUGGACGAUCAUCAAGUUUCUAGGAUUGAUAGUAACAUGAAUUUGGUUGGCACAGACAAUCAAGAUAGCUAUGAGAGUAUUGAGGUAGAAUUCGGAUUUCAAAGCAAUAAUGGUAUACCAGAUAACAAAAUUGUACAGGAGACUGGACAGAAAUCUAUGAAAAAAGAUGAACUUCAAGAUGGCAUGCCAGAACUGCCUGCGACCCUGUUGCAACCAUCUCAUGAUAUUUCAGCACCCAAUGUGAGCUUGGAUAAUGUAGAAAAUGAAUCAAGUACAAUGGACCAGAGGCAUGACAGAAUAUCAGGAUUUGAGGAGUUGAGGUUGGAAGACAUUGAGCAACUAAAAUUUAGUUUUGGGACCGAUCGAGAAUCUAUAUCUCGGCCGGAGGUGCCAAUAAACUUGGAAAACAAAACUGAGAUGGAAGGGGCAUAUGGGGCCUCUGUCCAGUUUGAAUCAGGGGUUGUUGUAGAUACAGCUGGUGAAGGACAUCUUACUGUUUGUGUAUGGUGCGGAGUAGAGUUCAGCAAUGAGGCGGUUGAUACUGAAAUGCAGUCAGAUUCAGUUGGUUAUAUGUGUCCUACCUGCAAGGCAAGAAUCUCCGGGCAGCUAAACGUGUUUGGUGGUGAUUGUUCAUGAACCCUUUUAGCUCUCGAUAGAAAGCUGGAGCAAGAGGUCCGAUGUCUGUAUAUCUAUGUAUGUGUGUGUAUAUAUAUGUAUUGAAGUGCUCGUGGCUGCUACGUCAUUACUGUCACUUGUUUGGUAUUUGGUUUAUAAUUUCAUCCUGGUAUCUGGCCUUAUUCUCUCCUUUAAACUGACCUGGCAAGGAAAGACCAUCUGGGUGUAUACAAUGAUGUAUCAUAAUCUGUUGUCUGCAAAUGCAAGAACUGUAUUAAAAUCUAGGUGAAAUAGUUAUUUUUUGAAGCUUGCGGGAUUACUACUGAAACAGGGAUCAUAUUUUAGGAAUCAUCAUAUGUAGCUCUUGCUCUUCCUUAA